UCCCAGCAUGCGUUGAUGACAUCACGAAGUGCCCCUUCUUUGUGUGUCAGUGAUGUCACCAAAUGCAGUGUGGGGGACAAUGGAAUCCUGAACUCCGGGCGAAGGCGAGUGGGAAGCGGCUGCUCCUGCUGCUGGUUCAGGGCUGAGCCGGGGGAGGGAAGGGAGGACACAGCUGCUGCUUUAGGGCUGAAACAGGUGAGAAGUUGCUGCUGCCGCCGGAGGGACAAAGCAGCGAGAGAGACACGAGUGGCCAGGCCCAGCCGCACCGAGGAGGAGCAGCCAGACACAAAGGGAGAGGUUGGGGUGUGUGGUGGGGGGGUCGCUAUGUCGGAUGACGAUUCGAGGGCCAGCACCAGCUCCUCCUCAUCUUCAUCCUCCAACCAACAGACAGAGAAAGAGACAAGCACGCCUAAGAAGAAGGAAAGCAAAGUCAGCAUGAGUAAAAACUCUAAACUGCUAUCUACCAGUGCCAAGAGGAUUCAGAAGGAAUUGGCUGACAUCACCUUAGAUCCACCUCCCAACUGCAGUGCUGGCCCCAAAGGUGAUAACAUCUAUGAAUGGAGAUCAACCAUUCUAGGACCUCCAGGUUCAGUCUAUGAGGGAGGUGUUUUCUUCCUUGACAUCACAUUUACCCCAGAAUAUCCCUUCAAGCCUCCAAAGGUAACGUUCCGGACAAGGAUCUACCACUGUAACAUUAACAGCCAAGGCGUCAUUUGCCUGGACAUUUUAAAAGACAACUGGAGUCCAGCGUUAACCAUUUCUAAAGUUCUCCUCUCCAUCUGCUCCCUCCUCACAGACUGUAACCCCGCUGACCCCCUGGUUGGAAGCAUUGCCACUCAGUAUAUGACUAACAGAGCAGAGCAUGACAGAAUGGCCAGACAAUGGACCAAAAGAUAUGCUACAUAAAUUGGAUUUUCGUCAAA